CACCGACAGACAGACGCAGGCAGCUUCCCAGGCCAGUCAUGGCAGACAGGAAGGACAGCAAGGGCCCGGGCCGAGCACCGCUGAGGAAGAAGGAGAAGAAGGCGGAAGCCAAACCAGAGAAGGUUCCGGAGAAAGAGAAGGUUCCGGAGAAAGAGAAGGGAAAGGAGAAAGAGAAAGGAAAGGAGAAAGAGAAGGCGGAGGAGCAGCAGCAGCAGCAGCAGCAGCAGCAGCAGCCGGUGCAGCAGCCGGUGCAGGCGGAGGGGGCGAAGCCGGGGGACAAGCCGGGGGAGAAUGGGGCGACCCCGGAGGGGGCAGCAGCCACUGGCGAUGAUGGAGAGUUCCAGUUCCAGCCCAUUGAGCUGCCUCCCUGGGAGAUCAUUGAGGGAGAACGGAUAGACCCCUUCUCCUUCAAGUUCCAGUUUAAGAACGUGGAGUAUUCCUCGGGCCGAAACAAGACCUUCCUGUGCUUCCUGGUGGACUCGCAGGCGCCCGAGGGCGAGGUCAGGCGGGGCUACCUGGAGGACGAGCACUCGGGCACGCACGCCGAGGAGGCCUUCUUCCACCUGGUGCUGCCGGAGUACGACCCGGCGCAGCGAUACACGGUCACCUGGUACGUCUCGUCCAGCCCCUGCCCGGCCUGCGCCGCCAAGCUGGCGGAGGUCCUGCGGGCGCGCCAGACCCUGCGCCUCACCAUCUUCUCCGCCCGCAUCUUCAUGUGGGAGGAGCCCGAGGCGCAGGCGGGCCUGAAGGCGCUGGCCGCCGCCGGCUGCAAGCUGCGCAUGAUGAAGCCCACGGACUUUACCUACACCUGGGAAACCUUCGUGGACCACGAGGAUCAGAAGUUUGAACCCUGGGAGGACUGCAAGGAUAACUACGACUACUACCAGGAGAAGCUAGCCGACAUGCUGCAGUAACAGGCCUGCUGCUGGAUGAAAGCGCACAUACAAGCUCCUGCUUCCGGGCAUUCUGCAUCUGCUUUAAGACCUGAGUAUAUGUGUCCUUCCUGGCCCUACAAAAAGUCUCCCUCUUUCACCCUGCUAUAGAAACAAAGCCUUUCGCCUUAUAAAAAAAACCCACUAUAUUGGAUGCUAUGGAGCUACACUCUAUUCCCUUCUCUCAAAGGCAUAAUUUAAAGUCCCUACAAGGGGCUGUUUUUAACCCCAGAGCUGGGCCCGAAAAUUUAUCUCCAAGCUGCCCUUCAGCACUCAGGGGACCCUCUGUCAAAACAAUCUGAGAUGUUACCAUGACACCUGGUCCAAAAACUAAUGCUGCGCUCACAUUAAGAAAUGUCCAUCAACUGUUUCACCAGCUUUUCUCAAGCAUGUAUUCCCUUUGCUUAAGCACCAGUGCUAUCCUUUUCAACACCAAUCAAAAAAAAAUAGUUCUGUAAAUUAAUUAUUGGAGGACAAAUCUUAUCUAAUCUCAUGACAUUGUUGUUGUUUUUUAUAUCUUAAAAAAAAGCCUUACCGUCUUGAAAUUCAUACCGAGUAUGCCCUUAGGUUUAAAAAUGAUAUUCAGAUAUUUAGGUUUUAGAUUUUUUAUAUUUUGAUAUAUUCAUUAAUUAAAGAAUCAAACAUUUUAUUAGAGGAAAAAAAAUCCCAUUUGGUACAGUUUAAAACAUGUUGGGGAUGAACUGUCAUGUUGUAUGGGACAUAAUUUCAAAUAAUUUUCAUGAAACACAUCUAUGUUUGUUUUCAUGCAACUUUAGUAUUCUGAAGAAGGUUCUCCUGAAAAUGUUCGUACUGAGUAUUUAGUCUACUGUUAGUGAUGACUGCAGUUAGCUUUUCUUGCAGUUUAUCUUUUGUUUACAACAUGUUUUAUUGUGCAAUUAAAGUCAUAAUGCACUAAAGUAAACCAAGAAGCUGAGAUGUUCAUGUUAUUCUACAAACCUGUUCUAUAAAUGUAUACAAAUAUUUAAUUAAUAAUUUUAGACAUAAAGUGCAAGCAAAGAUUAAAAUCAUGCUAAUAGCAGCUUUAAAAAACUUGUACUGAAUCAUUUGUUAAUGAAAUAUUGUACAUUAAAAGUGUCAAAUGACACAACUGUUAGGGAUAGCUCCUUAGGAUUGUGCCUAGGAUUUCGUGGUGUAGGUUACUGGCAAUAGCAAUUUAAUAAAUGCUUUCCCAAAUAUAAACGAAAAUGAA